AUGUCCAUGUCCGCCUCUUCAUCAGUGGCAGCUCCCUCCGCGUCCUCCUCGGCAAUGGCCAACGCGGCCUCGGUCCAGCUUCAUGACGUGUUCAACUCGUCUCACCCUCCGCCAGGUGAUACGCCCAUGUGCGCCACGCUCUCAAACAAGACGACCGAGUCCUGCUGCAACAGCAUGUCCAACACAGCCCUCUACAAAGGAUACUACAACGCAGCGACGGGCUACCAAGGUCUCUGCCUCCUCGGUGAUCGGAACGUCACUGGGUUCACGGAGUGCGUCGCGCGAUCAGGCACAAAUCAGACAGAGUGCAAGGGCUACGAUGAGCGCGUGGCGGAACUACAGCGCGACGUACCAAACCGCCCCUUCCCGAUCUACACCGUGAGCGGAAUGGGCUCCAGCGCCCCGAUCUCAGAGGACAAUCGCGUCGUCUACUCCAGCAUUCAGGAGGAUUUGACGCUAAUCAGCGAGUGCUGCGAGAUGGCCCAAAACACGAGUUUCUGGUGGCGUCACGCCGACACGAGUGAUCCGGCCAAUGGACAGGCGUGCGUGUUCCACAAGGACGAGGCGGAGAAGAAGAACAUCUACGACAUCUUCUGGAAACCGUGUAUUGAGAAUGGAGGCGGAUACCCUGUCCAGCUGAACAAGGUCACGGGGACUGGGGCUGGUUACGCCAACAGUGCAAGCAUUGGCGUCAUCAUCGCCACCGCGGCACUAGCCAUGCUCGCCUAG